AUGCAGCCCUCGACCCCAGCUGCAUUCACAGCCCUUACCCUGUCUGCCUAUCUUUUUGCCGCCGACCCCAUAGCUGUUCGGGGGCAAGGUUCCCCGGUGCGCGUGGGGGCCGACUGUGAAGUAUGUAAAGAAUUUCUGGAAAGAUUCUACAGCUCCUUAAUAACCAAAGGUGUUGACUUUUCCCAGGAAACUAUAGAGAAUGAACUAAUCAGCAUUUGUUUAGAUUCCAAAGGAAAAGAAAAUCGACUGUGCUAUUAUCUUAGAGCAACAAAUGAUGCAGCUACAAAGAUCCUAAGUGAAGUCACUCACCCCAUGAGUGCCCACGUACCAGCAAUAAAGAUAUGUGAGAAGCUAAAGAAGAUAGAUAGUCAGAUCUGCGAGCUUAAAUCUGAGAAGAGGUUGAACUUAGAAUCAGUGGAUCUGUUGAAGAUGAGAGUGGCUGAGCUGAAAAGGAUUCUCCACCACUGGGGAGAAGAGUGCGAGGCAUGCACGGAAAAAGCAGACUGAGUGGAUCUCAUGAAGAAGUUGGCGCCCAAGGACACAUCUACAAGUCCAAGAUCAGACCUUGGAUUGAAGUUUGAACAAAGCGGCUAUGUUCGCAAGUCAUCAAGAUGAAUGCCGUUCUGGCCUUAAACCAUGUGAGUUACGAGCUACUGGUGUAGCCAGCUCGUGGCAGAGAUGUCCUACAU